AUGGCGCACCCGGUCGCAUGCCUUCUGCAGGGCUCUGCCAGGCUUCAAGGGAGCUGUAGGCUUCUCUCGGCGCGUGCAUUCAACAGAGCGGCAAGUUGGCGAAUCUCCGCGCCUCCACAACGGCGCUCUUUUGGCGCUGAGUCCUCCGCCCCAACCUCCUCAUCUGGACACCCCCUGCCUUCGGGUGAGGGUGCGUUUUGCUCGUCUGUCUCAGCUUACCAUGGUCUUGGUUCUACGCCGUCUGCGUCCUCCUUCUCGGCUUAUUCGAGUCCCGCCACGCCCCCCGCGGCUACCCCCGGCUCCUCUUCUCUGUCUUCUUCCCUCUCUUCUGCUCGGCGAUCCUUGUCCGCGCGUCGCUGCGUCGCUAUGUCCCGUCUCACACACUCUGCGUCCUCUGGCUCCCGUUCGUUUUGCUUCGCUACUUCCCUCCCGCGCGCGUCGCUCGGGUCUUCUCCGCGGCUUUCGUCUGAGCGUGCCUCCACUGUAUCUGGUCACUGGACGCCUCUGUCUCCGUCUGCAUCGUCUCUGUUGGCGUCGCUGCCUGGAGGGGUGUCCGCGGUGCGGAGCGCGCACAAGUUCGCAGCUCCGCCCUGCCCGAAUCUUCUGCUGUUGAGGAAGAGCAUCCACCAGCGUCUACAGCCGAUUCUCUUCUUUUUGAAGAACGACACCACCAUGGGCAACUAUGUCUACGACCAACACUUCAAGGGUGUGCUCUGUUCUCCGCUUUUCGAAGGGAAGUCCUACAAAGAAAUCAACGCGAUGGUGGAUCGCGUCCUAGAGGAUAUCGGUCUUAGCGGCCGCGUCAAGCUCUACUGUCAGCCACCGUCGCUCAUGCACGUAAGACGUCACGGAACGAAAAAGAGGAAUACGAGCUGCUAA